GUAUUACAAUACGCCGGCCGGUGAACGUCUCGCCAUUGCUGGGAUCUGAAUCACUUCGGAUCAGAAUUUUCAACAUGGAUACUGCAAAUAAUGAUGGGGGUUUAGACCUCCAAAUUGUCGCACUAAAAGGAGCUUCUGUGUUACUCAUUAUUGGUGAACCAUUCACAGAGGAACAUAGAAAACUUACAUUGUUGGAAGUAACCAAAGGGUUCAAGUGCUGGGAUGCAGCAGGGACUGGUGUGGACAUCAACGACGCGCUGGCCCAGGUCGCCAACCGAGCUGACCUUGGAGAGGAGGGACCUGAUGCUUGCCCUUUUGGGAAUCGUCUGCGGAGGGGUGAGCGUGUCAUCCGGUACAACUCAGAGGACCUGUCUGUUGACAUCCUUGUGAACCCCCAGGCAAAGACCGUUGCCUUGGCUACACAGACCCUUCUGGCCACGCCCAGCAAGCACAAGCACAUCAUAUAUGCUGGACUCUCCUAUGCGGGAACAGGAGCCUGGGUACUGCAAGAUGAUAUCUUCACUUUGGACGACUUUGCUCACGUUGCCAAGGACUCAGACGUUGAGAACUCCCUGCGCCAACAACACGGUGCGAGCCUUCACAUCGUCACCAGUGCCGAGGGGGGCUGGUCUAACGGGCAUGUCAACAAGGCUGACUUUGCCAAGCUGAUCAACGUGACCUUGAACCCACCGGACAAGGCAGACACCCAGCACGGUGUCAUGCAGUUUGUCGCCUACAUUAGUAACUUUGUUAAAGUCACUGAGCUCAAUGAUUUAAUGAGAUCCUCUGAUUUAGUUGGCACUAUCAAAUUUUCGGGUCCAACACUGUAUAUUUUCCCAAGUUGCCAGGGUGAUUCUGCACUCUUUGGGAUCAAUGGAUUUAACAUGCUUAUCAAUGGAGGGUACAGCAGGAAGUCCUGUUUCUGGGACUUCUCCAGGCAUCUGGAGAGAGUCGAUGCUGCUUUGGUUACACAUCUUGGACCUGAUAACUUGUUUGGCUUGAAGUCACUUCUGCAAAGGAAAAGCAUGGAGAAGAUUCAACCAGACAUUGGGUUCAUGUUUGUCAAUUCUUCAGAUAAGAUAAAGGCCCAUACUGAGUCGGAAGAAGUGAAGGAAGAAACUCUUCAAAUAAAUCUGGCAGAAGAAGGAAACAAACUGAUGCAGUUUGCGCGACAGAUUGGGCAAACACCACACCCAGUUACCAGAUCUGUGUCUGGUCCCACUCCAGAGCCGAUCAACCUGUACCACAAGAUAGGCAUUGGUUCCCUAGACAUGUAUAUCCUCAACCCAAUCACAGACAGCAAAGAGCUGAAGGACUUCUUUCAGCAAUGGAACCAGAAGGUUGCUCACUUCGGAUCAAACCAGCAUCUGCCUCUUCCUAACAUUUUGUCAGUCUGUGCUCUGCUGGUUUGGAGGCCAAGCGACCCAAACACUAACAUAACUCGAAUCUUCUUUCCUGGGAAUGCCCCUCAGCAUAAGAUCCUGGAAGGACUUGAGAGGCUGAAGACCUUGGACAUCCUGAAACAUGCUACUUGCACUAAGACCAGCCUUCUUUCAAAGCCUGCAAAGAAGCCAGCGACUGUAAGUACAAAGCCUCCAACUAAACCAAAGGUUUCACCAGCAACAACUCCACGAAAUGAAACUCCGAUUGAAAAGCCCAAGAAAGAAGUGGCCCCAAAAGAGGUGAAGGAAGUGGCACCAAAGGUGGCAGCAGCCCCCAAGCCCAAACCUGCACCUGCAAUGCCGAAGGCCAAGAAGGAAGAUGUUAACAAAAAAGCUUCAAAGACACAGGAAGCAAAACCUGCUCCUCCUAAAGCAGAAAAGGUAACAAAGUCAGCACCACCUAAAGCUGCACCUGCAAAGACAUCAAAGACAUCUACUCCAUCAAAGAGUUCUGCUAAGAGUUCAAGUUCAUCCUCUCCCAAGCUUACAUCUUCCCCAAUAAAAGGACCUGAGAAAAAGGAAGUUGUUGAGCCACCCAAAGAGCCAUCAGCAGAUGUUGAACCUGAGGCUACCGUGAAUGAAACUGAAAACCUUGUUGAUUUAUCAUCUCAUGAGAAUGGCCAUGAAGAAUCACAUACUGAAACAGAAGAGGAGCAGACCCCAACCUCUCAACAAGAUGAAGAGGAGUCUGCAGCUAAUGAACAUCAGGAUGAAGAAAUAGAACCUCAUUCUUUCACUGAACCGACAGAACCUGAAGAAGAAUCUGGACAUGGUGCCAUGGACCGUCAAAAAAUGAGAGAUUUGGGCAUUUAUGAUGAAGAUGAAAGCAUUGAUGACAAACAAGGGGAGGAGGAAUACCGCUAUGAGGACAGAGAGCAAGGAAUGUAUGGUGGAAUGGCUGAUAGCAUGCAUGAGGACCUGAUGGGGGGAUUUAAUGAAUCAGGCAACACAAGGAAGGGAUUCCAAGAGGAUUUAAUGACUGGAAGCAUGCAUGAAAGUAUGUAUGACAACAAUUCACCAUUUGAUGGUCCUGUAAAUACGGAAAACGGUGGAACAAACUUAGAUGAUCUUAUGACACCUGAAGAUGAAACAUCGGAGGAAAUUCAACCACAGGCUCUUCCUGAACCUGUUGCCUAUCCACCAGAGAGCUAUGGUCAAGAACCAGACCUGAUUCCUGUGAUUGCUGCUAAGGAAGAAUCUCUUUUAGUUGAACAUGGAGGCAUUCCACAAUGUCAUGAACCAGAUUUGGUCCCUGUCAGUCAAGAUCUAAAAACUGAAAGCUUGGGUGAAGAUACAACAGCUGAUGUAGCUGAUACACCUGAUGAAGCUAAAGGAUUUCUUGAUCAAGAUGAUACACCUGAUGAAGCUAAAAGAUUUCUUGAUCAAGAUGAUGGGAUAGUUGAUUCUGAAGAAAAAGAUAUAGGGAAAGAUAUUGAGAAUGAUGUAGCACAGACAGAAGAAACAAUUGAAGAUGAUGACAAUCUUAAGAAACAAGAAGAAGAGGUCACUCAUGAAGAAGGUAGAGAUAAUGAAGCAUACAGAUAUGAAGAUGAGGAAUUGGCAAAGGAAGAAAACAGCCUGAAGGAUUCAGAAGAAGAAAUAGAAUGUGGAGUUAUUGAUGAUGUGGUGAAACCUGAAUCUAAAGUGGUAGAAACCUAUGAUGCCAUAGAUGAAAUGAUUGCAGUACAAGAUGAAGAAUCUGAAGAAAUGUACAGACCCAAGAGUCCAGAACCAGUUGAACAGGAAAUGUUUCCAGAGGAAUGCAAACUUGAAGAAACCCCUGCUUCAGUAAAUGAAGUCGGAUGUAUUGGCAACACGGAAAUGGAGAGGCCACACAUACCUGUAGAUAAUGAAGAUGAACUGGACAAAUCUGACAGUGAUGCUGAACAACCUGAAAUGAUCAACGAAACCAAUUUUUCACAACAAUUUAGCAAAGAUGAUGAAUCAAAUAGGGCUAGAACUCCAGACUCUGAAGAAGAAAGAGCAGAGAGCCCAGAUUCCCAAGAAGGUGCAGAGGACCUUGUUAGAUCAUCAGUUGAAAGAGAUGAGCAAAGGUCAGACAGUCCAGUUGAUGAAGAAAAUGGUGAAAGGGAUAGUAUGGAAAGAGAAUUUGAACCAAGUGAUAGCGUUGAAAGAGAGGAAGAAACCAGAGAAAGCGUUGAAAGAGAGGACGAAACAAGGGACAGCCUUGAAAGAGAGCAUGAAACAAGUUUUGCCCGUGAUACAGAAGAUAGGGAUAGUAUGGAAAAAGAUGGACCAGUUGGCCAUUCGUCAGGACAAGAGGAAGAACAGAAUGAAAACCAGGAAGGGUCUUACGAAGAUGAAAGUGAAGAAACAGAAGAGACAGAUGAUGAUGAGGAUGAUGAGGAGCAACAAAGUAGUAGUUAUGACCAGGAAGAGAACACCGAUGAAAAGUGCUUGAUUCCAGAAAAUUUGAGUAACCUAAAGUAUGUUGCGGAAGAAAAGCCACAGGAAACUGAUCUGUUGGAUGCUCCUACACAGUAUGACCAACCAACUGAUAGUAUUUUGACUCCAGAAUCAGAAUACACCUCUGCUAGUCAUGGAGGACAAAUUGGGUAUCACGAGAUGGGAGAUCAAGAUGAGGACUCUGCUGAAGGUUUCGAAAUGAGGCAAGAAAGUCCUGUAGAACAACAGACAAAUCCUUUUGGGGAUCGUUAUGAUCAAAUGGGAAAAGCGAGUAAUUCCUCUAAUCCAUUUGAUUCAUAUGACCCAUCAUAUUCAAACCCAUAUGAUGGCUUCGGUGGUUUUCAUCAGCCUGGAGCGCACAAUUCCCAGCAUGAAGAUGAGGAAGAAGAAGAGCAUGGUGGUCCUGCCUCAUUUGACCCUGUAUCUGAAUGGGGGCGUCCCAUGGGCCUUCCAUCACCACCACCUCCUGAUGCUAAACCAGCUGAAGGAAAACCAGCUUCUGUAGCUACAAAGUCUCCAAGACCAAAGUCAGCCCCUAAAAAUGAUGCUGCAAAGAAACCUGAAUCAGACAAAGAGAAGAAAAUACCCGCUAAGAAACCUGCUGCUGCUGCUCCUAAACCAGCAGCCAGUAAUGGAGUCCCAGAGAAAUCCAAGACUUCUAACUUGAAUUCUACACGCUUAUCAACUGGUGGCAAUCCCAACGCAUCCAGGCUAUCCAUGGGCGGAAAGACGACUUCUAAUCCACGACCAACAUCGGCCCCGGCGAAACCAGCUGAGGAGAAACCUAAAGUCAACGGAACCAACACCAACAAGAGGCCAGCAACAGCAACUGCUGCAAGCACUAAGACAGCAGCGGUCGCACCGAAGAUGCCCCCAUUGCCAGCUUUCAAUUCGUACUAUGUGGAUCUGACGUACAUCCCCAACCACGGGAACACUCACUACAGUGACGUGGAAUUUUUCAAACGUGUGCGGGCCAGAUACUAUGUCCUGAGUGCACUGUCUCCCAACAAACAGAUUCUUGAUGCCCUUCUUGAAGGAAAGAGCACAUGGGAAGACAAGUCCUUGCCUGUUACCAUCAUACCAACGUAUGAGAACGAUACCCUGAUAUCAUGGAAUACCCUCCAUAAGGACAAGAUGGCUGAAAUGAAUAUUGAUAUCGCGCCGUCUGCAAGCCGGUGUACCGUUCAACUGCAUGAUACCGAAACCGGAUUGUCUGCUUACAGACUGUUGUUCUAGUCACUGUGCUUUGUGGACAUUAUUUUGCUUAAAGCAGUUGUUUCAACUUUAAAAGUGUUCUCAUCCAUUCUUUUUCAUGAGAUGAUUACAUACCAGUAAUUAUGAACUGAUUUCAAGAUCAGAAUGGGUUGUUUCAAGGACAGUUUUGACUUUUUUUUUCUUUUAGAUGAGUUGAUGGUGAAAUACAUUUAAUUGGAUGGGGACUGUUCUGCAUUUAACAUGUGAUAUUGUUGGGAACAAUAGAGAGUUAAAGGUCAGUUUUUUUACAUCUGUUUGAACAUUAACACAAUUCUGAAGUGACGUGUACAGCUAUUUGUGAGCAAACACUUGGAAAGCUGACUGCCCUUUAUUUCUGCAUGAAGUUUUUUUUUUAUUUGAAAACUAUUUUGUCUGAUAGCAAAAUGAAAAAAAAGUUAAACAAAACCUGUUGUAAUUCUUUUUAUUGUAGGCAUUAGAUAUAAUUCAUACUCCUUGUCAACUGUAUAGUCAGUAUUCCAUGUGUAUUUAUAUUAAAAUUAUGUGGUAUCCAUUUUUCACCUGCUCUGCAUUGUAUAGGUAUAUACAUGUUUUGUUGUAAACUUUUGUCAUUAUUUUUGCAUUCAUUUUCAUUAUUUUGCACGUGUAAAUUUUUAUGUUAAUUUUGUUCUAAUACUUUUUUGAUUAAAAUACACUGUUUCGUGUCCAAGAAGCUUGGCUUUUUCUAUGCUUAUUCUUUAAUUGCAUAAUUGCAUUCUUUUAGUAAAAAAAUCUGGCCAAAGAUGACAUAAACCUUCACAAAACAAUAGAUAUGUAAUUCUUUGCAUACUUAUGUAAGCGUAUUUUGUGAUUUUCGUUUUUUUCCCAAUGAAGGGGAAUUGUUAAAAAAUAAUAAUGUAAUUUAGAUGGAGCAUAAUUAUAUGUUGCUCUUAAUAUCAGUAUAAAAACUGUCUUGAAACUUGCCAAGAUUUACAAUUUACAACUUUCCUGUUGGAUUAUUAAAAGCCAUGUUGUAAAAUAUACUGGGAUAUUGGGGAUGAAUGAAUGCUGUGCUACAGAAAAGUGCCUGUAUGAAUAUUGCGCAAUGCUUCAAGUCUGGAAGACCAUUAACUUUGGUUUUGUAAAGUUUUGGAAAAUUAAUGGACAUGCUUUUUUAAUGCACUUGAAUAUGGGUUUUGUUAUAAUAGUGAUAGUGGAUGAUUUUGAAUUUGAUACUGAAUGCAACAAUAAAUGAUCCUUUUCAUUUCGUUCAGAUUGUCUCACAUUAUUUUCGCAAAUUUAUGUUCAAUUCAAUUGCUCAGUUAGAUUUGUUUUGCUAAGCAAAUAAUGUAAAACAAUAACGCAUUGCCUUGUGUUAGAUAUGCAGUGCGAACACUGAUGUGUGAUAUUUAUAGUAAAAGGAUCAAUUUUGUAAUGGUAGAUUUGAAAUGAUUGGAGAAAUGCUCCUACUGAUCAGAUGACAUUGUUGAUGCUAUUGUUUAUGAAAGGAUGUAGGUUAUUAAAAUUUAUAAUUGAGCUUCACUGUGGGAAAAUGGGGCUUAAUGCAUGUGCACGUGGACUGCUGUAUUUCGACCAUUAGAAAAUCUGAAAUGCAAAGUGCAGAUUUGGUGCAUUGGGAUGAAAAUUGUUGAAGGACAUUUGUGGGUUUGAACGUUGUAGUUAGACUUAUAUUAUUUGUCAGAUAUAUUAUAUACAAAUAUUAUAUUACAUGAUUAUGGUUGAAGUAACAUAAUUGUAAUACAAGUAUAAGCAUUGUAUACCAUUUACUUGUAGUCUUGAGGUAUCAUUAGAAACACUUAGAACACAGAAAUCAACAAACUGAAGAUCAGAUCUGACAGUCAAGUGCAAUAUUAUGACUAGUUCUAAUGACAGAUUAACAGAUUGUAUGCACGCACAAUGAUUGCAUAAAAUAUUUGGCUAAUCAGAAUAUGCUAACUAUUUAUUCACAACUAUCAAUAUUCUGUCUGUAACAUAUUCAAAUGAGUUUUCGUUGUACAGCUAUGACACUGUUAAAUUACAAGGGAUGCUAUUUUCACUGAUACAAUACUAUGGGAAUAUGUUGACAAUGCUUAACAUGGUGUAAUUGUAUAAACAGUAGGAAAACAGAGGCUUUAUAUUUGCUUGAAUCAUUGUAAACUCUAACUUUUGCAUGUUUUAUAACAAACAAAAAAAAAGCUUUUUUUUAUAUUACACAAACAUUGUUAGUCUUAUGUCACCAUUAUUUAUACCCACUGAUUAUUUUCCAGUUUAAAAAGUUUGUUGUUUAUAAACUAUUGCAAUCUUUGACAUAUGUUGAGUACAAGAAGUUAACAAUCUAGUCAUUGAAAAUUCACUGGAACAUGUUGCUGUUACUCUGUUGCAAAUUUACCCUAGGUAAUUCAGUUGAUUUUUAUUGGUGUAUACUCAAAAAUCUAGUGCUAUCAAUCAGUUUAUGGAAAGCAAUAUGUUAAUAUAUCAAAUCCUUUAUGAUACAAUCUUAUGUUGUUAGCUUUGUCAUAAAGGCAUCAUAGUUGCUUUCAGUGACACAUCUAACUAAGCCUUGAAUCGUUGUGUUCUUUGCACUCAGAAUAGUGUCCUUUUCAAGUGUAGAUAUUUUAUAUUGUGACUGUGCUUUAUCUUUAGAUGUUGAUAUUUAUAAUAAAUAAUGUGUAAACAUUUUAUUUCAAUGCCUUACAGCAAAUAGAAAUGUUUUGAGAAGUUUACAGAGCUUUUGAAAUGAUUUUGUAUUAAAGUUUUUUUUUGUUUUUUUUUUACAGAAUACUGCUAGGACACAUUUUUAUUUGUUUAUAAAGUUUUCGUAUUUUGACAAAGAUAUUGUCACAAAAACAAUCUUUACACAAAUAUUUAUAUGCCGCUAUGAUUAUUAUUGUGCUUACUAAAUGUGAACAAUCUUUUCUUUGCAUCAUUGUUUUUUGUCAUUGCCAGAAUAAAAAAAGAAAAAGCCA